GGCAGGGAUGCACCGAUUGCAAUCAUGGAUAAAUAGGGGUUCCCGUGUUUUGAGGCAAUAAAGCCUCAAGUGGCUCCAAGCGGAUUCCUUUCCGGAUUCCUUUUCAUCCUCUAAUCAAGUCAUUGGAAGUCAUUCUUGUGCACACUAACAAGCCAAGAUGGAGACAAUUGUGUUGAACGGAUCCCAUGUCCAGGGAAAGGGUAUAGUCGUGAACCAUACCCCAAAUGACGCCAAACCAGGCCUGCGCAUUCACUUCCCGGACAUGUUCUCAUCCAUAAUGGCUGCGGAUCCGGUUGUUAACGUUCAUUACGAUGAAGUCAAGGAAGAAUCCGCCGCAGCGAUCAAAGAAUUACUUCAAGUGAACACUGUCACAGCAGAGCAGUACGCCAAGGCUGACUUUGCUUUCCUUUGUGCAAUCUGGGUUCCUUACGCCGACAAGGAAGCACUGCGAACAUUGACUGAUUGGCAGUACUGGGCAUUUAUGUUCGAUGACCAAUUUGACGAAGGACGCCUCAAAGAUGAUCCAAUUCGAGCCAAAGAGGAAGUCGAAGAGAAUCUUGCAAUGUUGGAGAGCGACGAUACCGUGAACAGAGAUGAAAAGCCACUUCUAUUUCUUUUCCAGGAAAUAUGGCUGGCAUUCAAAAAGAGAUCAUCACUCGAACGGCAGGAACGCUUCAAAGAGUACCAUCGAAUAUGGUUCGAUGGGCUGCUGGAGCAAGUGGAUUCCAUCAAGCAAGAUUCAUGGUUCGACAUUGACAUCGAGGAAUACAUGGUUCGUCGCAGGAUUACGCUUGGGGGAUUGCCAAGUUUCGUCAUGGUGGAAUAUUGCUGCGAUAUUCAACUCUCGAGAGAGCACAUCGAUCAUCCAUCCAUCCAGGAAUGUAUGCGGAUUUCCAUAGAUCUGAUGAUUCUGUCAAACGAUAUUUUGUCGUUGCCGAAGGAUUUGGAACAAGGUGGUGACAUAAACCUCAUCUAUUUUCUGAAGCGUCAGGACCUUUCUGAACAGGCCGCUGUUGAUUUGAUUGGUCGCAAAAUCGAGAAGUGCUACGAGUCAUGGCACUUGGCACUGGCGAAACUUCCACCGUACGGGGAGGCCGUUGAUAAGGAACUCCUACGCUACAUCGACUGCUGUCGAAAUAUGGCAUUGGGCAAUCUUCACUGGAGCUUCAAAUCUGAGCGCUACUUCGGGAAGAAAGGGUCGGAGGUGAGGGAGGCGCGAUACUUUACUAUGCCUGUCAUAGCCUAGAUUCUUUGCCAUUUCUAGUCCGUUACAAAGCACAAAUGACCUUCCCUGGAUGUAUAUCCGUGAGCAAAGCAUAACAAAUCAACAUGUUGGCC